UAUUAGCAAUUGUAAAUUUUAAGCAGCGUGGGUGAACAAAUUCGCAAUGAUUGAAUUAUUUAAUUAAUGAAAUAAUCUGUGAUGACAGAAUAUUCGUCGUGCGCAUGUGUGAGAUCCAGAUGCGAGAGCAUCGGGUUAAUAUUUGAUCUGACUGGAUCGUUGUCGUGGGCCGCAAAGAAUAUUUACAAAAGUGUACGGUUUAUUUAAACAAGACACACAUGUGUGUAUGUAAUUCUUACGUACAUAUCGCGAUAUUACAUGAGGCGCAAAAGGCUAGUGGAAGUCACGAAAAUAGUCGCUUCGAAUCUUUCGACGAUAGCGGAUGUCAUAUAUUACAUGAGGAACGGUGUUAAAAUUGAAAAAUGCAAUAAGCUCGAAUUCGUAUAGAAGUUAAUAGUCUUUGAAAUAAAAAGAGAAUAUUUUCAUGGAAAUAAGAUAAAUGUAUCGUGUGAAGCUCCUCUGGUGAUCCCUCUUCAGGUCGAGUGGAUGAACACGUAUUGAAAAUUUUCUUCUAACUUGAAUAAAUCGCGAAGCGUAAUCAUGAAGGCGAGAAAAGCGGAAUUAUGGCUGACGAUGCUGUACACCGGAUCCAUGAUAUUCUGUGUCAUAUCCGUCAUAUCAUUUGUGACCGUUUGGCAGCAUUGGACAUGGACAUUGGGUAGCUGCAUCGACAUCGAUUGCGGUUGCAUAUUGUACGGCAUCAACACGUUCCGCACGUUCCUCGGCGGCGACGUCAAGCUCUGCCACUUCGGCUCUUACGGUCUCACACCCAUAAUCGUGAUCGCCAUGUGCCUCAGCGGUUUUCACGGAUACAGAUGUUGCAUCCAUAAGAAUUUGGAUAAGCCUAAGCAAAUUAACCGCACACAAACGUAUGACGAUGACAGAAACAAUCUUAACGGACAGGUCGUUAUGGUCCACGCAAAAAGAAGAUCCAUUUUUAAGCAAUGGAUGCCUGUCGCUUUCUUUGCAGUGUGUAUCUGUUGCCUGUCUCUCAUUCACGCGGUCGUGAUAACCGAUGGCUAUUAUAAAAGUUGCGAACAAUACAAAAGAUAUCUCAUUCAACUUUUGGGUUCGAGAGGUCGCGAAAUUCAAGUGAUUCACAAUAGGCUACCGUGCAGCGCGAUUUUCGAUUUCAUGGAUUAUCUUCAUCCAGAUACCAACAACUGGAGACGCGGCAGUGAGAUCAAUACAGGAUUAGCUCUUCAGCUUGCGAUAUUCACGAGUUGGUUCAAUUUCUUCGCUUGGCUCAUUGCAUGCUUGAUAAACUUCAUCAUGGCGAGGAAAAGGCUGCGCAACUUAGGGGAAAAAUUCUGUUGUUGUUGCUGAGUGACAUUUCUCGGUAAAGUUAAUUGCUAAUUUAUGAAACGCGCGCGCGCUACAAUAUAUUUUUAUAAAAUUUAACAAAAUUAAAAAUUGAUUCUUAGAGAAAUGCAUGAACCAGAACAUCGCGUGUAUGAUUGAUAAUAUUGACAUUUUAUUUAUGCAAUUUUAUACAGAGACAGAGUGCUUUCAGUAGCUCUUUUCUUAUAUAUCAAAAAAUUAAAGACUCACUUCCGCUGCUGUGGAAAAUAAUAGCAUCCCUCUCUCGUAUUUGAAUAUAAUUGCCUUCUCUUUAUACAUUUUUUACAAUUUGCAUUACUAUAUUACACAUUAUGUGUACACAUAUUGGAACAAUAUUUUUAAUCACCCUAAGAA